AUGACUGCGUUAUCGAGAUUGUUUCUUGAUUUAUCACGGCGAUGUAGACGUCAUCCUAUUUUCUUACAUCGCAAAUUUUCAAAAAACCUUCCGACUGACUAUAGAAAAGUCCGAGGAGAAUCGAGGAGAAUUGAGGAGAAGAGUGUAAAAAAAUUGACGAAAGAAAAAGAUAAAAAUGUGCAAAAAGACAACGAGGCUAACAUCAGAGUAUGCAUCAUCGGCGGGGGAGUGACGCCUCUUUAUACCGCGAUUCUUUUGAAGCAAUAUAAAAUUAUCAAAAGCAUACGUCUGGUGGAUACAAAGGGCUCUUCAUUAGAGGCUUUGACAGAUAUAUCACAGUUGGAAACCAGCCCUCGUAUAGAUUACUUUCGAGAAAAGGAUAUAAAGCAGGCUCUUAGAGAAGCGAACAUAGUUGCGCUCAUGGACGAGACUGAUGCGGUAUGUAACACGAUGAUCCAGGAGCAAUUCAAAUUGACGGCAAAUUAUGUGCGUCAGAUGACGGAUCGAAUACUGCGCUUCUGUCCGGACGCCCUCGUGGCCGUGUUCGCGCGUCCUGUCACCGCUACGCUUGCAAUGGUCUCGGAGAUCUUCCGGUAUUCCGGCUGGUGGGAUCCCGAUCGGAUCAUCGGCUCAAUCGCGACAUACAGUGGACGAAUUGAAAAGAUGACGGCGGCAAUCCUCAACUUGGAGCAUGCGAGUCUCUCGGUGCCGCUGGCCGGUGGCGCCGACGCACAAACCGUCGUGCCGUUACUGUCGCGUGCUCUUCCCUUUAAUCAAUUCACAAACACACAACGCAAGACCCUGCUGCAAUCAUUUCGGGCCAGUGAUAAGGAGACAAGGAUAGCGUUCGAUGAAGGUCCAUCGUUACCAUCCGGAACGGCCGCUACCAAGUUAAUAAUCAAUCUCGCUGCCGGUCUAUCCGGGUUCAACCAUAUCAUCAUCUGCGCCUACGUACGAUCGGACGUAUUACCGAUCUGCCGAUUUUUCACUAGCGAGCUAGAGCUAGGCCCGGAAGGUGUCAAGCGAAAUUUUGGCUUACCGAAAAUCUCGGCCGCGGAGAUACUCUUGAUCGAACAAGCGAUACCUCUCAUUAACGAGCACGUCGACAUGGCGGUUAACGCAGUUCGGAGGGAAAGGAUGUGCAAGACGCGAUGACGGACUCGGGACUAUAUUUCAGAAAAUCUGGCAGAUUUAUUUGCAGU